AUGCGGCGCCUGCUGCUCCUGGCCACGCUCUGCCUGGCCCUGGCCAGCGCCCUCAGGAGGGUGCCCCUCAGCCGGCGCCGCUCCCUGCGGAAGCUGCUGCGGGAUCGGGGUCGGGACCGGGGGCAGCUCUGGAGAGCCCAGGCAGGGCUGGACACCAGCAGCGAGGCCUGCGCCGCCUUCCUGGAGACCAACGAGCCCCUCAUCAACUACCUGGAUAUGGAGUAUUUUGGGCAGAUCUCCAUCGGGACCCCUCCCCAGAAUUUCACCGUGGUGUUCGACACGGGCUCCUCCAACCUCUGGGUGCCUUCUGUCUACUGUGUCAGCAAAGCCUGUGCUGCACACACCAGGUUCCAGCCAACCCAGUCCAGCACCUAUGAGGUGAUAGGAACCCCCUUCUCCAUCCAGUACGGCACCGGGAGCCUGACGGGGAUCAUCGGCUCUGACCAAGUGGCCGUCCAGGGGCUGAGCGUGAGCAACCAGCAGUUUGCAGAGAGCAUCAGUGAGCCGGGAAAAGCCUUCCUGGACGCCGAGUUUGACGGGAUCCUGGGGCUGGCCUAUCCCUCCCUGGCCGUGGAUGGGGUCACCCCUUUCUUUGACAACCUGAUGGCCCAGAAUCUGGUGGAGCUGCCCAUUUUCUCUGUCUACAUGAGCUCGAACCCCGAGUCCCCCCAGGGAGGAGAGCUGCUUUUUGGGGGAUUUGACAGCUCCCGCUUCACGGGGACCCUGAACUGGGUGCCGGUGACCCAGCAGGGGUACUGGCAGAUCCAGCUGGACAACAUCCAGCUGGGUGGGACGGUGACGUUCUGCGCCGGCGGCUGCCAGGCCAUCGUGGACACCGGCACGUCGCUCAUCACCGGCCCCACCAAGGAGGCCAAAGAACUGCAGAACCUCAUUGGGGCCGUGGCUGUGGAUGGAGAGUACGUCGUGGAGUGCAGCAGCCUCAGCGAGAUGCCCGACCUGACCUUCACCAUCAACGGGCUGCCCUACACGCUCAGCGCCCAGGCUUACAUCCUCGUGGAGUACGGUGAUGGCAUGGAAUUCUGCACCAGUGGCUUCCAGGGGAACGACAUCCCCCCUCCCACAGGACCCCUCUGGAUUUUGGGUGAUGUUUUCAUCCGUCAGUUCUACUCUGUCUUCGACCGUGGGAAUAACAGGGUGGGGCUGGCCCCCGCUGUCCCUUAGGGCUGUGACAUCUGUGGGGCAGGAGAGGAGCCUUGGCAGGGCAGUGGAUGUCACCAUGUCCUCCCCAGUGUCCCCAGGGGGAUGGAGACACCCAGGGAUGCACCUGAAGAAGUUUAGUCCACGCCAGGACACUGUGAUGUGAAAAUGUCUCGAGCAGCUCUGUGAUCUGCUCUGCACAUUCUCUGUUUUGGAAUCCUGAGCCAAUAAAAGCUUUA